AUGCCACAUGCGUACUAUCAACGAGAGUUUCUGGAAAGUCGAUUGUUGGUUGUUGGAGCUGGUGGUAUUGGAUGUGAAUUGUUGAAAAACUUGGUGAUUGCUGGCUUUGUUAAUAUCGAAGUGGCAAGUUUUUUAUUUGUUUUUUUUUCAUUUUUUAGGUAAUGGAGUAUAGGUUUUUUUAGAUUAUUUUUUCUGAAUUGUUAAUUUUAAGGACAACUUUUUAAUGCAAUAUUGUUUUAGAUUGAUUUGGACACUAUUGAUGUCUCCAAUCUUAACAGACAGUUCUUGUUUCGAAAAGAACAUGUUGGUAAACCUAAAGCGCAAGUUGCCGCUGAAGCUGUAAAGAAGAUGCGACCUGAAAUUAACAUUGUUCACCAUCAUGACUCUAUUUUUAGUCCUCGUUUCGACCGGGACUACUUUAAGAGCUUUAAAGUCGUUUUAAAUGCUCUGGAUAAUGCUGGUAAGUUUUUAAGCCAAAUUUUAUGGGAAGUUUUUUUAAGUAUGCCUUAUAUUUUUUCAUUUUGUAAAUUUAAAAAUUUUAAGAUUUACUUUAUUUUCUUUUAGCUGCCCGAAGACAUGUAAAUCGUAUUUGCAUUACAACUGGUACACCUUUAAUUGACGGUGGUACCGCUGGUUAUCUAGGUCAGUGUCGAGUGAUCCAAAGAGGAAAGACAGAAUGCUACGAUUGUGUUGAUCAUCCUCCACAAAGGACAUUUGCUGGAUGUACAAUUCGAAACACGCCUUCUGAAUUCAUUCAUUGUAUUAUGUGGUCUAAAGCGUUGUUUAGUCAACUGUAUGGUGAUGCUGAUCCUGAUGAUGAUGUAGCUCCGUAUGAAGAAGAGGAAAGGAAAGAAGGAGAAGAAACAAAAACAUCCCCUGAUGAUGCCAAAGGGGAUUUGAGCAAAAGUCAAAUGAAUACGAGGGCUUUUGCAACCAAACACGAUUACAACCCUAAACUUCUGUAUGAUAAGGUAGGCUUAUGAUUAAUUUGACUUCUUAAUAUGAUUUUUUAGAUUAAAAUUAAUUGUUUACCUAUUUAAAAUUUUGAUUUUUAGUUGUUUGUCCGUGACAUUGAGUAUCUUUUGCGGAUGGAGAACUUGUGGAAGGAUCGUCGCCCACCAGAGCCUUUUAGGAUUGAUGAUAUGAACGCAGUGCCAGAGGGAUCAACUGAAAGAGAAUGGAAAACUAACGAGAUGUGGCCUAUUGAAAAGUGGGUGCAAAUCUUUGCCGAAUCUUUGGAAAAGUUGACUCUGCGAUUCAAAGAAGCUCAACAGACUAACAAAAUACUGUCAUGGGACAAGGUAGGUGUUUUAUAUUAGUAAAUUUGGCUUUUUUUACUGUUUGAAGCUGUGCUUUAAAAUGCCUUUUUUUCACAGACAUUUAUUUAUAUUUAGGACGAUGAAGAUGCUCUGAACUUUGUCGCAGCUUGCUCCAACAUCAGAUCUCAUGUCUUUGGAAUUAACGGAAAAAGCGUUUUUGAUGUGAAAUGUGAGUUUUUUCUAUCUUUAAUUGCAAAAACCACUUUUAUUAAUUUUUGUUAUUUUUUAUUAAUUAUUCUGUAUUUUAGCGAUGGCUGGUAACAUCAUUCCAGCAAUUGCCACAACUAACGCUAUUAUCGCAGGAAUGAUGGUGGUCGAGACCUAUAAAGUCCUAGGUGAUCGUCCUGACACUAUUCAAUCAAUGGUGAGUUUAAAACUGUAUUUUUAGGUAUUAAAGUGACUACUAUCAGAUCUAAACUGGGUAUUUUCAGAGAUAAUUUACAAUUGGUUAUUUUGUAUUUCAGACCUAUCUACAAACAAAACCAAACUUCCGAGGCAAGAUAUUCGUUAAUGAAUGUUCAACUGGGCCUAACCCCAACUGUUAUGUUUGUGCUGAUCAACACGAGGCUUCGGUCAGAGUAAACGUGGAGAAGAUGACGGUGAAGACAUUUGUGAACUCGGUCAUUACCCACGGUCUAGGUUUCUUGGAACCAGAUGUCACAGACAUGUUGUCUGGUAGGAUUGUAUACAGUAGCGAGGAUGGUAUGGUGAAAUGUAAGUGUAUUUCAGAAAGCUACGGUUUAAUGAAUAUAGUUUAUUUUACUACCAUUAAAAACGUACCAUAUUUUAAACUUUAACUUUGUUAAUAUCAUACUUCUGAUUGUUUUAAUACGAUUAAUGUAAAAUAUCACUUUAGCUAUUGAGAACAGCACCUUGGAAAGUUUGAACGUGAAACAUGGUGCUCAGCUGGACUGUGAUGACUUUAGACAACACCUAAAUAUCAAAGUAUUCAUUGUACACGAUCCGAAUCAAGAAAGUGAAGAAUACAAGAUUGAAAACAACACCCCCUCUAGUGUGGUCGAUGAAAACAAAAUCGGGAAACAUAAGGCUUCAGAUGACGUCACGAAGGACCAAGGACAGCCAGUCGAGAAGCGGGCACGCAUCGAAACGUAA